AUGGCACCACAGGACAAAGCUUUUGGUAUCGACUUGAACGACGAAGUUGUCCGCGGGUCGAUAGUCACACACGAUGGUAAUAUUCUGCCUCCGGCGCCGCGUCCUGCUCCGCCGCCAACCCCCGCGCCACAAGCUGCGGCAACCCUGUCGACGGAAAAGGCAGAACUUGCUUUGACACCGUGGCAAAAGGUCACUCGUGAAGUGGCAGCUACGACUGCAGGAAUGGGAACCGUGCUCGCGCUGGGCAAAGCAACUGGUCCCGUCUUCAUGAGCAACAUGCUCACGUUCAGCCUCGCUGGUCUUGUCGGAUACCGUGCGGUCUGGGGUGUAGCACCGGCGCUGCACUCUCCGUUAAUGAGUGUUACCAACGCAAUUUCAGGUAUGGUCGGAAUAGGCGGUUUCUUUAUCAUGGGCGGUGGAUAUACCCCCACGACGAUUCCAGAAUUCUUUGGAGCAGCGUCCGUUCUACUCGCGUUCAUGAACGUCUCGGGCGGUUUUGUCAUCACGAAGCGUAUGCUGGACAUGUUCAAACGUCCUACCGAUCCUCCAGAGUACCCCUGGCUCUACGCUAUUCCAGCCGUCGUGUUUGGAGGCGGGUUCCUUGCAGCUGCAAGCACCGGUAUGGCUGGUAUCGUGCAGGCUGGGUACCUCGUCAGUAGUGUUCUUUGCAUCAGCUCCAUCUCCGGACUUGCCUCCCAGCAAACUGCCCGACGAGGAAAUAUCUUUGGUAUUCUCGGUGUUGCUGCUGGUAUUCUUGCGUCGCUUGCGGCUGUGGGCUUUUCUACCGAGGUAUUGACCCAGUUUGCGGGUGUUGCUGGUGUGGGUGCUGUUGUUGGCGCGUUGAUUGGACGUCGCAUCACACCCACUGGGCUUCCUCAAACUGUUGCUGCACUCCACUCGGUUGUUGGUCUUGCGGCUGUGCUGACCAGCGUGGGAAGUGUUCUGGCUGAUAUUGGUCAUAUCACAACUCUCCACAUGGUUACCGCAUACCUCGGAGUACUGAUAGGUGGCGUCACUUUUACUGGCUCAAUCGUGGCAUUCUUGAAACUUGCAGGUCGCAUCUCGUCGAGGCCACUAAUUCUCCCUGGACGGCACCUUCUCAAUUCCACCUUACUCGGCACUAAUAUGGCUACAAUGGGUGCAUUUGUGACCAUGGCACCGGCUAAUCCGGGCAUUGCCGCGGCUUGUCUGGGUGCGAAUACCCUGCUCAGCUUCUUGAAGGGAUACACCACGACAGCUGCUAUUGGCGGCGCUGAUAUGCCGGUCGUGAUCACCGUCUUGAACGCGUACUCCGGGUUCGCCCUAGUCGCUGAAGGUCUAAUGCUUAACAAUCCUCUUCUAACCAGCGUCGGGUCGUUGAUUGGAGUUAGCGGUUCGAUUCUAUCGUACAUCAUGUGCGUGGCCAUGAACCGAUCCUUGACAAACGUCCUCUUCGGCGGGAUCGCCGCACCACAGCAAUCCGCCAAGAAGAUUGAAGGCGAGGUCACCCAGACAAACGUUGAAGAAACAGUCGAUGCCCUGGCGAACGCCGAAAGUGUCAUAAUCAUCGUCGGGUACGGCAUGGCCGUCGCAAAAGCCCAGUACGCGCUCGCUGAAAUCACCCACAUGCUCCGCGCAAAGGGCAUAAACGUCCGAUUCGCAAUUCACCCUGUCGCCGGCCGCAUGCCGGGUCAGUGCAACGUUUUGCUCGCUGAGGCAUCCGUUCCUUAUGAUAUCGUGUUGGAAAUGGACGAAAUCAACGAUGACUUUGCCGACACAGACGUCACCCUCGUCAUUGGCGCCAACGAUACCGUCAACCCCAUCGCCCUGGAGCCGGAUUCCCCAAUCUCGGGUAUGCCCGUGCUGCAGGCCUGGAAGAGUAAGGAGGUUAUCGUGAUGAAGCGCGGCAUGUCAAGCGGAUAUGCUGAUGUGCCGAACCCAAUGUUCUACAUGCCCGGGACGCGGAUGUUAUUUGGGGACGCCAAGACGAGCUGUGAUGCUAUCAAAGCGAGCCUUGAGGCGCGCAAGUAG